AAAGCACUGGAAGCUUACAAGGCAGAGAAAUUUCAAAAAUACUAUGAAAAUGAAUACGUUCUUGCUGUUUAUGACAAUGAAGUUGAAAAUCUCAAUAAACAAUGGCUCACAAACGCUUCUGCACAAACAAAUGAGAAUGGAGAAGCACAACCGAUCAAAAAACAAGAUAGUGUAAAACUAUCGAAAAAAGAUUUGAAAAAAAUUGAAAAAAAAGUCAUAUCACAAAUCGAGGCAGAGCCAGAAAAUUCGAGUUUCUGGGAUGAGUUCAAUGAAGAUCGAACAAAAUAUUAUGAAAAACCAACCGGUGUGGUAGCAAAAAGUAAAAAAUUUUUCACAAGGUUAUGGGCAGAAAAGAAAGUGAAUAAUGAAGAACUAAUGAAGAAAGAAGAAUUGAUUCGAUCGCAAGCUCGUCGACAGUUUGAAAAUAUUCAUACUGUUGAUCAAUCUCAAUCAACAGAACCGGGAAAGUUGAAAAGUUUGGUAGUAGCAGAAGAUGAAGACACCGAUUCACUUUUGGCAAAAACGCUCAACAUUUUAAAUCAAGAACAAGUGGCUGUCCAUGAAGUAAUAAAAACUUCUGAUUUUCCUGAGCCCGGAAAGAUUGAUGAACUGGAAAAAUGGACUAAAGAUUUCAAAGACACCAGGAAUAAGAUUCGAAAUGAAUUUAACCAAAAGUUUGAAUUGACUUUGGAAAGGCCAACAAGUGACGAUCAAACUGACAAAAUCGAAGAAACUAAAAAUAAAUUAGUAGAUACCAAGUUGAAACAAAUAUCCGAAUAUUCGAAUAAACAAUUGAACGAUGAUUCAAUGAAUGAAAAAAUCUCAAAAGCAGCUAAAGAUCAAGCGACCAAAAUUCCACAAAAUGAUUCUUUCAAAAAAAACAAAAUCCAAGAUACAUCAGCCAUUAUCAAGGCCGAUCCGAUAAAAUCUGAAAUAGAUUCAACAAAUAAACAAGGAGACAAAAUUAUGAAAAUGCUUACUGGAAUGUUAGGAGGAACUCCUUCAGGAGGAUUCGAUAACAUAAUACCACAAGACAACGACCAAACAUCCAAUUACGUAAAAACAGUAAAAGCUAAAUACAAAACAGACAAAGAAGAAAUUUACAUCGAAAGUACUUUGAAAAAUAUAUAUGAAACAAGUGAUACAUCUGAAGCAAAAAAGAAAAAAUUAAAAUCUAAACCAGUAGAAACGGAUGAAAAAAAAAAAGUUCCAGUAAUGGAAUUAGAAAGAUUUGAUCCUAAAUAUGCUGGUCAAGAUAAAACAUAUCUUUAUUCAGAACAAGAAAGAAAACAAUUUCGACAAGAAUUGAAUGAGGUGAAUCGUAAUAAACAAGAAUAUAUGAAAGAAAUAGCUGAAGUUGAAAAAGAUAUAAUAUCCGGUGAUGCUUUCAAAAUGGAAAAAAGAAAAAUGACUGAUUUAGAAUAUGCUAAUAAAAUAUUAGAUGAAUUAGAUAAAUAUGAAGUAAAA